UUUGAGGGCGGGGCAGGGAUCGCGUGGUGGGCGGAACGUGUGAAUGCGAAAGCGAAAGACGCGUCCAGAGGUGGCUCAGCAUUUGCAAAAAGAGUCUUUGUUUUUCCAUUUAUCUCCCUAACUUUGGCUUUGUCUCUCCCUGGAAAACCUGAGAAUCAGCAUGUCCAGGUCCUGCACCGCCCUCCAGAUCAGCAAGGAGACCCAAGGAAAGAUGGACCUUUUCCGCAAAUCCCUUUUAAAAGAGGGAGAAGAUUUCCUUUGCCGUUUUUUACCCACGAAAAUAUCGCAGUUGGACAAGCUCUUGAAGGAAGAUGCUCUGAAUGUCAAAGAUCUGGCUUCUCUCCGUGCUCCGCUGGAUAUCCCCAUUCCAGAUCCUCCUCCCAAAGAUGAUGAAAUGGAAACAGAGAAGGAAGAGAAAGAAGCUCCCAAAUGCGGCUACCUGAAGGGCAACGAAGCCAUCCUUUCGCUUCUGGAUCGCGUCAAACCCGAAGUGCGGGAGUUCAAGGAGAAAUGCGCCUUGGUCACAACCUGGAUUCAGUUCAUGAUUCCCAAAAUUGAAGACGGCAAUGAUUUUGGGGUGGCGGUUCAGGAGAAGGUACUUGAACGGAUCACGGCUCUGAAGACCAAGGCAGAAGCCUUCCAGACUGCCAUCGCCAAGUAUUACCUGGAACGUGGAGACGCAGUGGCCAAGGCCUCCAAGGACACUCAUGUGAUGGAUUAUCGCAGCCUUGUUCACGAACGGGAUGAAGCUAUCUACCGGGAAAUACAGACAGUGGUACUUGAUAUCCGUGGAUUUUAUGCCGAGCUGUACCACAACUUGAGCCAAAACCUGGAGAAGCUGACCAACCCUAAGGGCGAAGAAAAGCCAUCCAUGUAUUGAGGAUAGACUUCUUCACCAGAGAAACUUCUGUCAAAUUUAAAAAAGAUUAAAUACUGAGGUGGAAAGGAAAGGGCCGAUGAUGAAUUAAAUUAAAUACACUGGUAUCUGUUCCUGGAUUGGAGGAAAUUCCUAAACGAAUCAUGCUUUGAGUUUGGGUGCAUCUAAGCCCUGGGAGGAAAACUAUGCCUUAUUUUCCUACGGGAAGGUUUUCGCUUUCUAUGCUUUUCUUUGAUGCUAUCUAUUCAUACUCUGAAACCUGCCCUUGAAGAUUUCUUUCAUUGUAAUUGCAUUUCAAGCCAGUGUUUGAUCUCAAGGUCAGCCUGACCAAGACCUCAAUAAUAGCAAAGAUCUGGAACCCAGAUUAGGAUUAACUGCGUGUCCUAAAUUUCUGCACUUCAUGGUAGACACAUUGCUGUUUGAAAUGUCCAGAAGGUCCAGUAAUAAUAGUAUAUUUUUAAAAUG